AUGGAGUCCUUCGCCGCGAAGUUCCCGCGCAUCGCAACAGACAGCAAUUUCAAGGGAUGGUUCGUCUCCACGCUGUUGUUACUUGCAUGGGCAGGUUCGCUCGUCAACGGACCUGUUGCCGAUAAGUUCGGCCGUAAAGGAUCCAUUGAGAUUGCAGUUGUCAUUUUCACUAUAGGCUCGGCGGUUCAGGCAGGCGCCAUAAGCAUAGGCAUGGCAUUAGCUGGACGAGCCAUCGCUGGGUUUGCCAUCGGUAUGCUUACCAUGAUUGUGCCCAUGUACAUGAGCGAAGUCUCCACAGCUGGUAUUCGAGGAACUCUCGUUGUACUCCAGCAACUUUCGAUCACGCUUGGAAUUCUUGUCAGCUACUGGUUAGAGUACGGCACCCAGUACAUUGGUGGUCUCCGAUGUGCGCCUGAUAUCCCGUACACGGGCGGCACACCCACCGAGCGCACAUUCGACCCAAUAAAUGACGUAGGACCGAAUGGCUGCACAGGCCAAAGCGAUGCUGCGUGGCGCGUACCGUUUGCACUGCAGAUCGUCCCUGCUCUCGUUCUUGGAAUUGGCAUGCUCUGCUUCCCUGAGUCACCGCGGUACUACUGCAUGCGAGACAAUCAAGAAGCGGGUCUCAAAGCUCUUGCGAGAGUUCGUCGUACUAGUUUGGAUGAUGAAUUGGUCCAUAAAGAAUACCUAUCCAUCAAGGCUGAAGUCAUCUUUGAAGAGUCUUUCAAUAGAGACAAAUUCCCGGGAAAGAAGGGGCUCCCAUUGUACCUUGCCGGUUACACCACGCUCUUCUCUACCUGGCCUUCGUUUAGAAGGACUGCGAUUGGAUGCUGUGUCAUGUUCUUUCAGCAAUUCAUCGGAUGUAACGCAAUCAUUUACUACGCUCCGACAAUUUUUGGACAACUUGGCCUUUCUGGCAAGACGAGUGGGCUUCUUGCCACAGGCGUCUAUGGAAUCGUCAACACACUAUCCACCCUCCCCGCUCUUUUCCUCAUCGACCGUAUCGGGCGCAAACCCCUCCUCCUCUGCGGCGCCGCCGGCACAUUCAUCUCCCUCGUAAUCGUCGGCGGCGUGAUUGGCGGCUACGGUUCCACCCUAAAAGACCACCCCGCCGCAGGCUGGACCGGCAUCGCCUUCGUCUACAUCUACGACGUGAACUUCUCCUACUCCUGGGCGCCUAUCGGCUGGGUCCUGCCUUCCGAGAUCUACAACAUAGGGAAUAGGAGUAAGGCUAUGAGCUUAACAACGUCCAGCACAUGGAUGUGCAAUUUCAUCAUUGGGCUGGUGACGCCGGAAAUGCUGGACACAAUUGGGUGGGGGACGUAUAUCUUCUUUGCGGCAUUCGCGCUGAUUGCGUUUGUGUUCACGUGGUUUUUGAUUCCGGAGACGAAGGGUAAAUCGCUUGAGGAAAUGGACGCCGUUUUUGGCGAUACUACUGCGCACGAGGAAAAAGCUAGGUUGUAUACCAUUGCUACAAGUCUGGGAUUGGAAGAGGCGCAAGCGGCUGCUCAUGAUGAGAAGGAUCAGAAGGUUUUGCAUGCAGAGGAUGCAGAGGUGUAA